UAGGUUCACAAAAAGAGCAGAAGUUAAAAAGGCACAUACUCUCAUCAUCUCCUACAAAACAAGUUAGUUGCAGAGAAACGAAACCUCAUCUCAUCUCAAUGGUUGAACUUGAAAACAACUCGUCUCUUCCCUCGGAUCCCCCACAGCCUCCAUCAACAUCAAUCCGACAACCUCAAACUGGGUUUAAUCCCAGUAGAAUGAUUGGUAUCAUCAGAAGGAAGGCCAUGAUAAAAGACUUAGCUGCUAUGUACCAUGCAGAGUGCCUUGCAUAUUGUCAAGAACUUUUGGAACUGCAAAACAAAGUGGAAGAGUCAUUAAUUGACAUGAAACCUGCAGAAGAUUCAAGGAGAGAAACGAUGAGACCCCCAAAACGUAUGAAGAAAGCCCGUUAGCAUCUAAUUUGGGAGCCACAGCUUAGUUCCUGAUCCCGCAAUGGACUCUAUGCAUAUGUCACAAACCGUGCUAGGUGGCUGGAACCGCCACGCAGAAUCUUCCUCUUAAUCGUAUAGCUCAUAGUCAUACAGCUACUCUAUUUUUUAGCAAGUUUGAUGAUUGUACAGUUAUAUGCAGGAUGUAACCUUGUUACUGUAUGAGUGGAAAAUUUGAAAAAAUAGCAUUAACUGAUAAUGUUUGGCUGUUAAAUGUCUACAGCAAAUAUACUACCAAAUGAAAACUGAGAAGGUGGAGGAGAAAGAAUAUCUAUUAGUAGUAUUCUUUUUCAUUUUGCUUUAAGA